CGGUGACGAAUUUCACUUCCUGCUCGCUCAGGUAUCGGGACACACCUGCGGAUUCUUUUAAUAAACAGCGAACGACACCAUUCACCCAAACUUUCAUUAAACCCUUUAAACUUUAAUCCAACGAGUAAUUACAACGGGGAGCUUUAUAUUUCUGAUUAACAGGUCGUGGCUCUCUCUCUCUAAGUUAGUAUAUAAAGAGAUUUUCUAGCAGGUUUUGUUCUUUGGAGAAUGACUUUGCUUGGGCUCAGGUUCUUCUGGACCGCACUGGUCCUGGUCCUGUCUCUCCAUGUAAAUCCAUCCGAAGCUCAGGGUGAGGAAGUGUGUCUGGAUAAAUUCAGCCUGGGAAAAGAGGAUUUUGUGUUACAGACGAAUGAAUCUGUGAUGGAAGGAGCCACAUUUCUGGGUUCUCCGCCGGUGUCCCGGCCUGAGGCCUGUGUGAUGGCCUGCUGUAGAGAUCCAGACUGUAAUCUGGCCCUCAUGGAGGAGGCACAAGAGCCCAAAACCAUCAAGGCAUGCUUCAUCUUCAACUGUCUGUACAAACAGAAGAGAGUCUGUCGCUUCGUGAGGAAGACGGGAUUCAGAAACUAUGUGUCCACCUCUGUUUUUGAAGACUACCUCGAACAGAAGGUUUCAAAUGAAGAGGAUAAACCUCCCGUGGCAAUCACCGGACAGGACCGAGUCGUUCAACCCCACGAUGAUGUGACUCUCAAUGGCGUGGAGAGCAGAGAUGAUAAGAAGAUCGUGAAGUACGAUUGGACCAUGAUGUCUGGAGACCCUUCAGUUGUCAUGUCGAAAUCCCCAAACUUUGUGGACGCGGUGACCAUCUCAAAUCUUUCUCCUGGCAUGUUUAAGUUCCAGCUGACCGUGACGGAUGACGCCGGGCAGACGGACUCGGCUGAGGUUUCUGUGUUAGUACUGACCCCAGAGCAGUCACUCCAUCACUGUUUGGUGCCCAAGAAGGAAGGACCGUGCCGAGGCUCUUUCAUACGCUGGCACUACAACGCCGCUUCUGAGAAGUGCGAGCAGUUUAAAUAUGGAGGCUGCAGACCGAAUCACAAUAACUACCUGACGCUGGAGGAGUGUAACAACGCUUGUGACAAAGUUUCAGUUAACGCCCCGUCACCAUCUGGUAGAUUAGGUCCGAUCCACAAUGACAAGGAACAGUGUGACGUGGCCUGUGGUCCGGCGCACUUUAGCUGUUCUAAUAACUGCUGCAUCAGCGAAGAUCUUGAAUGUGACGGAGAAGCGCAGUGCAGCGAUCAAUCAGACGAGACUCAAUGCCUCAACUUAAACAGUAAAUUCAUUAGAUUACUGGAUAUUCCUGUGGAUAAAUCUAAAGCUCACUGCGUUGACGCUCCAGUAACGGGAGUCUGUCGGGCCAGUUUCACCUACUGGUACUACAAUCCAUACGAACGGCGCUGUCAUCGCUUUAAUUAUGGUGGUUGUGAUGGAAAUGGCAAUCGCUUUGAAACAGAGGAACAGUGCAUGUCGUCGUGCAGCUCAGUGACGGAAUCUGAUGUUUUUGAGAGAAAGGCAGCGUUUGAGAGACUGGAAAACAAAGAUGAUACAGUUAUCAUUGCCAUUGCGGUCUUACUGGGCAUCGGCAUAGCGAUCCUGCUGAUUGUUAUUGCCUGUUGCCUACUGAAGGGCAAGAAGAAGCGUCGCAACAAGCAUCAGCAGGUCGCUGUUAACGGCGGACACGUUCGCAUGUAUGAGGAUUCUGAGAAACUGGUGUACAACAGCACCACUAAACCCAUCUGAAUUCAGCUCAGCGUCUGCUGCUGUAUGAUGUGAAACUCCAUGUGUAAAUGCUAUCAUUUUGUUUGGAUUAAGUUGUUUUUAGUAGACGGGCUGGUCACUGUGCAGCAAGGUAGUUUCAUUUUGUUUCUUCUUGAAAACAACUUUUAUAACCAGCUUUUCAGAAUACUAUGAACUCUUUCUUUGCUUUAGUUUGUAUAUUAGCCUGUUGGAUUGUGCUCAGGGGUAGGCUAGAUGUUUUGCAAUGGCGAGUAUUUUUUAUCGUAGUUAUCAAAAUCAAAACCGUGACCAUGAAAAUAACUCAAACUGUUUGUUUUGGGUAACAUGCGUUUGAAGGAUGAACUAUUUGACAGUUUUUGUCUUUUGUAGAUGAACAGAAUGUGUUUUAGAUAUAAUGCUGCCUGUCAACGUUAAAGCUUACAGAUAUGUUAACAGCAUUAGACAAUUUCUACUUUCUAUUUUGAUGAUUUUAAACUAUAUUCUGUUUUAUUGUGUUUUUGUAAACUGGCGUAAUGAAUGCAUCAGUAAUGCUUAUCGGAAAUCAUCCGCAAUGCAAAUUUGUACAUAGUUUUUAUUUUUGUUUCUGAAACGUGCCUGAUUUCUCGAGACUACUGAUGUCUUAAUAAACAAAAGUGUACAGCA